CUCCGCCCCGGGGUCGGGCUGUAGAGGCUUCUGGCUGCGGUUCGGGAGUUUCUUCAGUGAUUGGGCCUGAAGUUCUGUCACAGGAUGUGUGCGCCGACAGGGCGCUGGCUUCAGGUGUCAUGUGACCGAUUUUUACCUGCGGAGAGACGACUCCUGGGGUCAUUUAGGAUGAGACGCAGGCUGUAGGGGGCAGCGUGGGAGACCAUGCCACAGAAGCCGCCGAGCAUGAUCACGGAGAGCGCUGACUGUGCCUGGGAGCCGCUGUCCCGCAGGGAGGAGGUGCCGUGUGACCGCUUCAAGCACGCCGCGGUGGCGUAUGACGGCUAUGUGUACAUCCAUGGCGGCCGGCAGGACAGCGUGCUGGGAGACUUCUGGAGAUACAGUAUAGCUCUCAGCCGAUGGGAACAGCUUCCCAGCUGCAGACGAGCUCCGGAUAAACUGGAAGGACACUCCAUGGUGGCCCACGAGGGUGUGCUCUAUGUAUUCGGGGGAAUGGUGGACUUUGGGGCCAAUCGGGACAAUACCCCGCUCUGGAUGUACGCGACGGACACAAGACGAUGGUGUGAGUUCAAGGCCCAGGAAGGACAGGAAAAUAGACCCACGAACAGAAAGGGGCACAGUGCGGUCGUGAACCAGUCGGCCAUGUUUGUGUACGGAGGCUACUUCGAUAUUGAGGGGGCGGUGGAGGAAUUCUGGGUGUAUUAUUUUGAUACACAGAAGUGGUCUCAGCUGUGCCCUCACACACGGGGCAUGGGCCCGGGGCCACGACAUGGACACUCCUGUGUUACCCAUAAUGCUGCCAUGUUCCUGUUCGGUGGACUAAAGAAUAUGGCCGAACAAAAUGACUUCUGGAGAUUUGAUUUUCGGAGACACAACUGGUCAGUCAUCAAAACCAGUUUUGGCCCCCCGAAAUUGGUUGGACAUGGUUCUGUGAUCCAUCAGGGCUGCCUGUGGAUAGUCGGAGGAGGUUUACCAUCUCGCACUCCAGCUCACAAUUUAUGGAGAUAUCACUUUGCUUCUUGUUCUUGGAAGAAAUUCUCGAGAGUAAAGCAGCGGGUGGACUGUGCGCGGGUGUAUCAUUGUGUGGUGGCGGUGGGCGGUAGAUCCACAUCUGGUGGCAGGAGCUCCUCUUUGUGCAGUGAACACCCGGAGGCGCUGGGUGGUGACUCCUCCGCGGAGAAGCUUUACUCCUUCCUUACUUUGGGCUCUAACAAAGUCUCCACGCUCUCCGCCUGCAACCUCAUAGAGAUGAAAACUUUUAAUGAGCGUCCGGCGCCCACCGCGCUCUGCUCGUGCUCGUUCUCCACAGGCGCCGAUGAGCAGCGCUUGCUGACUGGUUACGAGAACGAGUCUUUCACGCUCCUGGAGGAGGGUUAUCCGCAGACCGCACCGUCCUGUGGGGAUCCAGCGGAGGAGGAGUUCUUCCUGAUGAUCGGGGGGAAGCCGCUCUCCAGACAUUGUGAGAUCUCCAUAGGUCGGGUUAUGAUGAAAUAGUGAAAAUCAGAGAGACAUCGUCUGGAUUAUCUGUUACAUUACAAUACGAAUCACCAUUGACGGCGAGUGAGGGGUGACCUGUGUGUUACCAUGGUUACAGCACUGCGGUCCCUGGCAUCCAGGUGGCGCCUCCACAUCUAGACCAUGAAUGAAGUUCUGAUGUUGGACGGACGUGUGGAAAGAAUCUUUAUAUGUUUCUCAGACCUAACGCAAAAUGCUGCAUUUACAGGAGCAAUGGUGCUUUUAAAGGGACACUACACCUGUAAUCUGUGGAGGUGUAGUAUGCGGUAUGUUAUUCUGUGUUAGCAGCUGUUCCAGGCUGACCGCAGUGUGACAAGUUAGUAGAGGUGCAGAUCCCCUCCAUUUAUAAUGCUAUUGUGAAAUUUAGAUUACUGGCCCUUUAAAUCUUGGCUAGAUGUAAUUCUAUAUAGAAGCUGCAGCUGAUCCUUGGAGGGAGCGUCUCAUAGGACAGACUGCUUGAUGCGCAGGUUAAUUAAUAAAUGACCCCCACUAUAAUCAGACAUGAGCCACGUCUCCACCCCGGACUGGUGCUGCAGGAAGCCCCCUGACCACAUAGCCUACUCGGGCAAACGCACGUCACUGAGGGGGGGCCGCGCCUGUUCAUAGACUUCAUGGACCACCAUUCAUUUGAUCAACUUAUGAGACAAUCCCUUUACGGAAAAGCAAAUGGGGUAAACAAGUGCCUUUUGAGCUGCAGGAUACAUGGCAGCAAAGGGAAAACUGUAAAAAAAAAACGCCAUAACACAAGGAGCUGUACGGGAAGCCUCAGUAGUGCAGACCGCCGUCUUCCAUAUUUAUGUGCCAAAUAUACAAUUGCCAUGUUAUCCAGGGACAUCAUCCAGUGCCUUACAUUGGGAUCUGAAAGAGAAUGUUACCUAUUGUUUAAAUCAUGUUUUUAUGUUAAACACAUUUUUGAUGGUUAUUUUUAAUCUUCCAUGUCAAUAUCUAUAUUUAAACAAAACCAUAAAAUCCUGCAGUUUUUGCACUGGC